AGCAAGCUUUCGGAUGUGAGCCUUUGAUGUUAUGGGCACAUCGCUGGCAUUUAAAUUCUUCGGCUAACCUAGACCCAAAUGCGCAAAACCCCACAUUUUACUGUCAUUGUACUUCUACUUUAGUGGCCGUUCUGCGUCGACACUAUGCCGAGUAAUAAGCUUGAGAAACCAGACAAGCAGGAGGCCAAUGAUAAUGUUAAGGUUGUGGUGAGAUGUCGGCCCCUCAACCAGAAAGAGAAGGUGAUGGGGCACAAACAGGCCGUGAUUGUGGAUGAGAUCCGUGGAACCAUUACAGUGAACAAGUUGGAGACCCCCCAAGAACCCCCAAAGACGUUCACAUUUGACACCGUGUUUGGACCAGACAGCAAACAGCUGGAUGUCUACAACCUCACAGCCCGCCCAAUCAUUGACUCAGUAUUAGAGGGAUACAAUGGAACCAUUUUUGCAUAUGGGCAAACUGGCACAGGAAAAACCUUCACCAUGGAGGGUAUGAGGGCAGUGCCAGAGCUUAGGGGGAUAAUCCCAAACUCUUUUGCUCAUAUUUUUGGUCACAUUGCCAAAGCAGAGGGUGACACAAGAUUUUUAGUUCGUGUUUCAUACCUUGAGAUUUACAAUGAGGAAGUUCGAGACUUACUGGGAAAGGACCAGAUGCAGCGACUGGAGGUGAAAGAAAGGCCAGAUGUUGGUGUUUAUAUCAAAGACCUCUCUGGUUAUGUUGUGAACAAUGCUGACGACAUGGACAGAAUUAUGACAUUGGGGCACAAGAACCGUUCUGUUGGUGCCACAAACAUGAAUGAGCACAGCUCCCGUUCUCACGCUAUCUUCACCAUCACAAUUGAGUGCAGUGAGAAAGGUGUUGAUGGAAACCAGCAUGUGCGAAUGGGAAAACUUCACUUGGUGGAUCUUGCCGGUUCAGAGAGACAGGGUAAGACUGGAGCAACAGGUCAGCGUCUAAAGGAGGCAACAAAAAUCAACCUCUCUCUCUCCACACUGGGUAAUGUCAUUUCUGCUCUGGUGGAUGGUAAGAGCACUCAUGUGCCCUACAGGAACUCUAAACUGACUCGUCUGCUGCAGGAUUCACUCGGGGGAAACUCCAAGACCAUGAUGUGUGCAAAUAUAGGCCCUGCAGACUAUAACUAUGAUGAGACCAUCAGUACCCUGCGCUACGCUAAUAGGGCCAAAAACAUCAAGAACAAAGCCAGGAUCAAUGAGGAUCCCAAGGAUGCUCUGUUGCGGCAGUUUCAGAAGGAGAUUGAGGAGCUUAAGAAGAAGCUGGUGGAAGGUGAAGAAAUCUCUGGCUCAGAGGGCAGCGGAUCAGAUGAGAUGGAUGAAGGAGAAGAUGAGGGAGGCGAGGCAGGAGAAGGUCGUAGGAGAAGAAGAGAAGAAAGAGGGAGGAAGAAGGUUUCUCCAGACAAGAUGGUGGAGAUGCAGGCAAAGAUUGAAGAGGAAAGAAAGGCCUUGGAAGCCAAGCUGGACAUGGAAGAGGAGGAGAGGAACAAGGCAAGAGCAGAGCUGGAGAAAAGAGAGAAGGACCUUCUGAAAGCCCAGCAAGAGCAUCAACUUCUGCUAGAGAAGUUAUCAGCUUUGGAGAAGAAGGUGAUUGUAGGUGGUGUGGACCUCCUGGCCAAGGCUGAGGAGCAGGAGAAGCUUUUGCAGGAGUCCAACAACGAACUGGAAGAGCGCCGCAGGAGGGCAGAGCAGUUGCGGAAGGAGUUGGAGGAAAAGGAGCAAGAACGUCUAGACAUAGAGGAGAAGUAUACUAGCCUGCAGGAGGAAGCUCAAGGAAAGACUAAGAAGCUGAAGAAAGUAUGGACCAUGCUGAUGGCUGCCAAAUCAGAAAUGGCAGAUCUGCAGCAAGAGCAUCACCGGGAGAUUGAAGGACUCCUGGAGAACAUCCGCCAGCUAAGCCGAGAGCUGCGACUCCAGAUGCUCAUCAUAGACAAUUUUAUUCCUCAGGAAUACCAGGAGAUGAUAGAAAACUACGUACACUGGAAUGAAGACAUCGGGGAAUGGCAGCUGAAAUGUGUGGCAUACACUGGGAACAACAUGAGAAAACAGACUCCAGCCCCUGAUAAAAAAGAAAAAGAUCCAUUUGAGGUAGAUCUGUCACAUGUGUAUCUGGCCUACACAGAGGAGAGCAUGCGGCAGUCUCUAAUGAAACUAGAGAGACCCAGAACCUCUAAAAGUGGCAAGAGUGGAAGGCCCAAGACUGGCCGCAGGAAAAGAUCUGCAAAGCCUGACGCUGUGAUCGAAUCCCUCCUGCAGUGAAGACGGCAAAGACAAGAGCUUGGUUUCUCUGCAUAUUUCAUGUUACUUUAGGGAAAAAGAAAUAAGUCAUUAGUCGAGUCUUUAAAAUUUGAUGUUGAACAUUACUUAGAAGAUUAUCAGAACACACUGUAUCCCCGCUGAGGUUUUAAAUGUGAAGCAGCUGCACCUACAACAUGAUACAGAACUCAUGGCAAAGAUGAACUUUUAUUUGUUUUAUAUUUUUUGGUUUCUUUGAGGUUGUCCAACAUUUCUGUGAAUCUGGAGCUAGAUUGUCACUGGAGCACCUCUAGCAUUAAGGAGAAACUUACCUUAAAUAUAUUUCACUUGAAACAUCUUUGUCUUUUUUUUAAUUUGACCAAUGUAACACAGAACGAAGACAUGAGCUGGAAAUGCAUUCAUAUAUCCUUAGAUUUGUCAAAUGUUUCUAACACACAAAGUAUUUCCCAGAUAAGGUAUUGGCCUUGCUACACGGGAAACUUAUUUAAUUAAAUGGCUGGGCUUACAUUAAUAAACUAUAACUUAAAUUUGUUUAUGGAAACAUUUUCACUUUUUUUUUUCAUCAGAUAAAUCUACUCUGAGCCUAAGCUUCAGCCACCAUGAUUGUUCUAUUAACUACAACAUCUCCUUAAUGCUGAGGAAAACAAACACUACAAUGUAGAGGGAAAUAUGGAAGGAGACUAUUAAGUAUCAAGUAUGUUAUCAAAUGUGAUUUAUGAUUAUUCCCUGAUGCAUUGGGGCAUGCAUGCUUACCCUGAUCUUCUGAUUGUGUUCAAGUAUUUGCUAAUAAAAUCUUUAUUUAUUUUCGAAUACUGGAACACAUUAUGUUACUUUAAAAUGCACCAUACAUACUGUAUCCCUCAGUAAAAUGCACUAGUAGGAGGUUUCUGUGGAGAAAAUGUUCUUUUAUUUUGUUCUGUAGUGGAGCCUACUGACUUUGAUUCUGUAUUACAUGUUAAAUGUUUACAUCCACCAGACCCCUGGAUAUGUUAUUUAUUAAAUUAUUUUUUACGUUUAAUCUUAA